CUCUCUUCUAGCACCGUGAGAGAAAAGCAAAGAGCGUGCCGUGGACAGAUCCUUGCGAUGGGUGAUAAGGGCACGAGGGUGUUCAAGAAGGCGAGUCCCAAUGGAAAGCUUACAGUGUAUCUUGGUAAGAGGGACUUUGUUGACCACGUGGACCUGGUGGAGCCUGUCGAUGGGGUGGUUUUAAUUGAUCCUGAGUACUUGAAGGAGAGAAAGGUGUUUGUGACGUUAACAUGCGCCUUUCGCUACGGACGAGAAGAUUUGGACGUUCUUGGCUUGACUUUUCGGAAAGACCUUUUCGUUGCCAACAUUCAGGCAUUUCCCCCUGUGCCUGAGGAAAAGAAAAGCCUUACGCGUCUCCAGGAACGCCUUAUCAAAAAACUUGGAGAGCAUGCUUACCCCUUCACUUUUGAGAUUCCUCCAAAUCUGCCCUGUUCAGUCACGUUACAGCCUGGACCAGAGGACACAGGAAAGGCCUGUGGGGUGGACUUUGAAGUGAAAGCCUUUUGUGCAGAGAAUGUUGAAGAAAAAAUUCACAAAAGGAAUUCAGUGCGUUUGGUCAUCAGGAAGGUCCAGUAUGCCCCAGAAAAACCAGGACCUCAGCCUACUGCUGAGACCACACGGCAGUUCCUCAUGUCAGACAAACCCCUUCACUUGGAGGCCUCCCUGGACAAGGAGAUCUACUACCACGGUGAACCAAUCAGCGUGAACGUUCACGUCACCAACAACACAAACAAAACAGUGAAGAAGAUAAAGAUUUCAGUGCGGCAGUACGCAGAUAUUUGUCUUUUCAACACUGCUCAGUAUAAGUGCCCUGUAGCCACAGAGGAGUCAGAUGAUAUUGUGGCUCCAAGUGCCACAUUUUGCAAGGUAUACACGCUAACACCUUUCCUCGCCAACAACCGUGAGAAGCGUGGCUUAGCCCUUGAUGGAAAGCUAAAGCAUGAAGACACAAAUCUAGCUUCAAGUACAUUGUUAAGAGAGGGAGCCAAUAAGGAAAUCCUGGGCAUCAUCGUAUCUUACAAAGUCAAAGUGAAGCUCGUGGUGUCUCGUGGAGGGCUCUUGGGAGACCUUGCUUCAAGUGAUGUGGCUGUUGAGCUUCCUUUUACAUUAAUGCAUCCAAAACCAAUAGAGGAAUCAAUCUACAGGGACGCUCCAGAGAACGAGGUACCAAUAGACACGAACCUGAUAGAGUUUGACACAAACGAUGAUGACAUCAUCUUUGAAGACUUUGCCCGGCAGCGGCUCAUCGGUGCAAAAGACGACAAAGAUGAAGAAGAAGAGGGCACAGACUCACCUAAGCUCAAUGACAGAUAGACCCACGGGCAGUUCUCUCCUCUGUAUUCGUGAUAUUAGGGGUCUGGUGAAAACC